GUCCUGCAGCGGCUGUUCUGCACUUCUCGUCAUAUACGGGAUCCAUAUGCUUGUGAAAAAGCUAAGGCUCAACAAAGCAAUGGCAACUUCACCAAACCUGCUGCUGAGAGUCUAAAACACACCGGCAACUAAACGCGUGUCAGCGGACCCCACAUCCACCAUCCACCUUACCGGGCUUGCCGAGCUUGUCAACCCGGGAAAAGGCAGCUAUGGACCCGAGAGACACAGCCCCGGAUUCAUGGGAGCUGGAGGAGGAGGAUGCCGAGGCCCAGGCUGUUUCUGCGGAUCUCCAGGCCUCCUUCGCCGCCCUUAACGUCAAUGCCAAGCCGUUUGUCCCCAACGUGAACGCCCCGGUGUUCGUGCCGAGCUUCCUUCAAGCAAGCCCCGCAGAGACACCAGCUCCUGUCGGGGCCCCUGAUCCAGUAGCCAGCAUGGAGGUGGCAGAAACAGCCGUUGCAGCUCCGGUGGAGAACGGAGGCUCGGAGGCCGACAUGACCACAGAGGAGGAGACGUGGGAGCAGAAGGAGGAGCCUGGAGGAGGAGGAGGAGGAGGAGGAGGAGGAGGAGGAGGAGGAGGAGGAGAAGGAAGAGCAGAGGAAGAUCUGGGAUCAGGAGGAGUCGGCGAGGAGGGAGCAGCCAGGAACGAAGACGAGGAGAUGAUGGAGGAGGAAGAGGAGGAGAUGCCGAUGCCCAAAGUGGCUCCGGGACCGCCAGACGCCCCAAAGAAGGAGCAUGUGAACGUGGUCUUCAUCGGUCACGUGGAUGCUGGAAAAUCAACGAUCGGAGGACAGAUCAUGUACUUAACUGGAAUGGUGGAAAAGCGAACCCUGGAAAAAUAUGAAAGAGAAGCGAAAGAGAAGAACAGGGAGACAUGGUACCUUUCGUGGGCUCUGGACACAAACCAGGAGGAGAGGGACAAGGGGAAGACGGUGGAGGUGGGGAGGGCUUACUUUGAGACGGAGAAGAAACAUUUCACCAUCCUGGACGCCCCCGGACACAAGAGCUUCGUUCCCAACAUGAUUGGUGGGGCGUCACAAGCCGACCUGGCUGUCCUGGUGAUUUCAGCGAGGAAGGGGGAGUUUGAGACGGGCUUUGAGAAGGGAGGGCAGACACGGGAACAUGCCAUGCUCGCUAAAACGGCCGGGGUCAAACAUCUCAUCGUCCUGGUGAACAAGAUGGACGACCCCACCGUAAACUGGAGCCUCGAUAGGUAUGAGGAGUGUAAGGAGAAGCUGGUGCCCUUCCUCAAGAAGGUGGGCUUCAACCCCAAGAAGGACAUCCACUUUAUGCCUUGCUCCGGACUCACAGGUGCCAACCUCAAAGACCCCGUCCCAGAAUGCCUCUGGUACACGGGUUUGCCAUUUAUUGCCCACCUGGACAGUUUGCCAAACUUCACCAGAUCCAACGACGGACCGGUGAGACUACCCAUCGUAGACAAGUACAAGGACAUGGGCACAGUGAUCCUGGGGAAGCUGGAGUCCGGGUGCAUCAGCAAAGCGCAGCAGCUCACCAUGAUGCCCAACAGGCACACAGUGGAGGUUCUGAGCCUGCUGAGCGACGAUGUGGAGACGGACGAUGCGAGUCCCGGGGAGAAUCUGAAGCUGAGGCUGAAGGGCAUCGAGGAGGAGGAGAUCCUCCCGGGCUUCAUCCUCUGCAGCCCCGACAAUCUCUGCCACUCCGGACGCACCUUCGACGCACAGAUCGUCAUCAUUGAGCACAAGUCAAUCAUUUGUCCCGGUUACAACGCAGUCCUUCACCUCCACACCUGCAUCGAGGAAGUGCAGAUCUCAGCCUUAAUCUGUCUGGUGGAUAAGAAGUCGGGGGAGAAAAGCAAAACACGACCCCGCUUUGUGAAGCAGGACCAGGUGUGCAUCGCCCGGCUGCGAGCGGCAGGAACCAUCUGCCUAGAGACCUUCAAAGACUUUCCUCAGAUGGGAAGGUUCACUCUGAGGGACGAGGGUAAAACCAUCGCCAUCGGCAAAGUGCUGAAGCUGGUUCCAGAGAAGGACUAAAUGCCUCGUCAGCAGUCCGUUGUUCUUCCUCCCGUUACCGGGGGAGAAACGCUGCUCGGCCGACAAACAGCUGCUCUCUCUUCACACUCAACCACGCUGAAGAGAAGUACAACGACAACCAGGAGAGGGAUAGAGGAGACAUAAAUUGCGUCACAUGAAGAAAACAAGACUGAAUCAGUUUUUUUGAUGAACUAUAUUAAGUGAGAGACCAAGUCCAGUGUGUCAGCUUUCUCAUAUUGAGAGCUCAGCUAUGCCACUAAUGUAGCUACAAGCCCCGCCCCCUUCUGUACUCCCACGGCUAACCGCGAAGUCGGCUCGCUACGCCAUUUGUUUUUAGAAUGGAGAUGGAUGCAGUGUUACUGAGUUUGGGGAGGAACUUACCACAGAGAGAUUUCAUAUCCUGCAAAAAAAGACCAGAGUUAGCCUGUAAUUAUAAUUUGCGAAGUACAUCUCCCCUUUAUAAGAGCAGGGUUUAGGAAUCCAACAGAGACAUUUUAUUUGGAUUUUAAGGAUUGCUGUACCAAAAUUUUGAGUUUGGUCUCUCUCCACAUGAGAUGGUUUAAUUGGAUUGAGCUCACAUACUACUCUGAUUAAAACCAUGGUUACACAGACAGACACACACAGCUGUUACAUAAUCUAAACUGAAAAUAAAUGAUCAAAGCUGCAUCAGAAAA